AUGAACGCAAAACAAGAAUACAGACUGACAAGCGCACAACGAGAAAAUGCUGGCCCACAGGAAAAGGUGCCUGUCUGGCCCAUAAUUGAAAAACAGGCAAGGCCCAUCAAAAGAACAAUUCGGGCUCCAAAGCAAAUCUUAUUUGAUAAACCAAAGCCCCUAAAAACAGAGGGUGCAAGUGCACGAAACAACAACAACGGAGGUAGACUGCCGUUCUUUUUAACGAGCAGGUUUUCAUGUAGGAGAGCACCAGUAAGAGCCCUCGUUAAGCGAAGCAGCAUCUGUAGUGAUAGCGGGACAUGCAUGGAAGAUGGGUGCGCAGAAACACAUAGGAGGCACUCUAACCCGUCCAAGGGGAGGCGCAUCCCAUGGUUGCAACACACAUUUGGUCGUAAAGAAAGACAGAUGAGAACAUCCCCAAGGAACGAGAAACGAAACAUAACUCCCCCACACCAGGCCCCGCUAGGGAAAAUAAGAGGAAGCCCAACCUAUGAAGGCUAA